AUGGCUUCGCUGGAGCAUGAACGACCUAACGUAAGGAACGGCUCGGGAAGUUCGAGUGCCGGAAGUUGGUUAUCACAAGAGACCGUGAAGGGAGACCAGGGUGAUCGACCGGGCUACGACCAAGCUACUUCAGAUGUUACGCGUAGCUCAUCCCUUUUUCGCCGCAGCAGCGCGAAGUUGGACGGAUUUGAAUCAAGAGGCCGAAGGCCUAAUCGAGGAGCAUUGAAUGGCCCGUCUCCUGACAUUUCCCCAACAGAUCGUCGAAGGGCUUCUGGUUUCAGCAGUCACAGAAAGGCUUUAGCCGUCCUUGGUGCCGAUUAUCCAGCGUCGCGAAUGGGAUCUACUUCGAGCUCUCGGUUAUCGGCUCCAGAAUUUCGCCCUGAAUCCAAUCAACAAGCGUCGAUUAAUGAACGGCCCUCACCUGCUGAAUUUAAAUCCGUCGAUGGCUCUAGUACCUCUUUGAACCACCAUUCAGAACCCGGAGGGGCUCCAGCCUCCCCGUCUCUCCGUCCCGGGCAAGGGCCCGUCUUCUCCAACGAAUCUAUUCGAGCCGAUUACGAUGCAAACCAAAGGAGGCCAUCCAUUGCCAGUGCGACGACUGUGAGCAGUCAAGGUUCAAGGUCAAGCGCCAGCGGUAAAUUCCGAAAAAGAUUGCAGGGGUUUUUUGGUGACGAAUAUCGUAUAUCUGGAGAUUCUAGACCGGAUUCAGACUGUGGAGACAACCAGAAUUUCAGGCGGAAAUCCAGCGACCGUUUCAGGUUCCGCGAGAGGGCUGAUUCUGAAGGAUCACAGAAUAAGCCAGAAAGGCGCUCUGAUCAGUUCAGGCCUAAUACCCCUCUUCCUUCCAGUGAGAUUACUCCAUGGCUGUACCAAAGCUUCAAUGAUAUUCCUCAAUUUGGUCAGGCACCUGUGCGCCAUGUCCCUACUGGACUAGAUGGCAAACGCUUUGCGGGUGAAAAUACAGCCAACUCAUCGGCACAUAGUAUCCCUCAGAGACAUCAAAACCAUAGGCUCUCCAACGGCCACAGACACUCUCGAAGCAAGGAAGAAAAGUCAACAUCCGCUGGUGAAAUAGAAGGACACCUACCACGUCCAGCAACGGGCCGUGAUACUCACUCUGUUGGACUUGGCCCCUUUGGGGACGGCACGAUGAACCCUCCGGCCACACUUGGAGCUCGUUCCACCAGCCCUACGCCAAGUUUGCGAAGUUCCAUGUUCAGGGAGCCAAAUCAAAUAUCACCAGGAACGCCAUCAAAUAAGCGCUUUUUUCUGGACAAGGUACUCCGCAAGGGGCACGGUCAUCAUCUGAAACAUAUACCAAGCUCUACAAAAUCUGCUCUGGAUUCGUCCAGAGGCUCCAAGUCAUCGCGGCGGGACGUUUCCCCAGCCACUCGCGUGAGGCGGGGAAGCCAUGAAGGGAGCUCCACUUCGAGGGAUAUGGCAGGGGAUUCUGACCGGAAGAGGGAUGGAAAGGGCUUAGGCAUUGGUCCUUCCAAAUUCCUCGCACGACGAGGUUUUGGCGCUGAAGCUGUCUCUGGAAGAGACAAUAGACAGCCCGAACCACCAAAUGGCGUUUAUCAGCUUGAUACUGACCUCGAACACAUGGAAGGCAUUGUUGAUCGAGUCCGAGGAUCUGAUGCUGGCUCAGUGCAUGGCGAGGAUGGGCGGUGGAAGGAUGAGUGGUCUGUUGGUCAGUGGGACCCUCCAGAGAGCUGGCAAGUUAAGAGACAUGAUCUUGCUUCGCAGGUGUCAGAAGCAGAAGAGAAGCUUGCUACUAGCUUACUGGAAAAGGAAGGAACUCAAUAUUUUAUCCGAGUGUUUCGAAUAGAUUCCACUUUCGCAACACUAUCGGCUGGUCUGAAUGCGACUGUUGCUGAUAUCCUUCGCAUGCUUGGCCGGAAAUCCUUCUUGCAGGAUCAUCUUAACAACUAUGAGAUAGUGUUGCGCAAAAACGAUUUGUCCAGACAGCUUGACCGUACUGAACGUCCGAUAUUAAUGCAGAAGCGACUACUUGAACAGGUUGGCUAUACUUCGAAAGACAGAAUCGAAGAUAUCGGACGCGAAGAUCAUACUUAUCUUUGCCGUUUCAUAUUCAUGCCAACGAAACUCAGCGGUUAUGCCAGUCUUGAAGGCGAUCCUGGAUUCAAUAGGCUGCAAAAGUUCAGUCAUGUGGAUCUCCAAGGUCGAAGUCUUGCUACCAUUCCGAUUACACUUUACAAAAAAGCCCCUGAGAUAAUCUCUUUAAAUUUGUCAAAGAAUCUAGCUCUGGAUGUUCCCAAGGACUUCAUCCAAAGCUGCAUUAAUUUGCGGGAAAUCAAGUUUAUGGGCAAUGAGGCUUCAUAUCUGCCAGCCAGUUUUAGCCUUGCGAAUCGUUUGACAUACCUGGACAUCUCUAACAACUGCCUAGAGGAAUUGGAUCAUGCACAUCUUGACAGGUUAAAAGGUCUCGUCAGCAUAAAGAUGGCAAAUAACAGGUUGAAAAGGCUACCGAGUUACUUUGGGAAUUUCCAGUCCCUGAGAAAUCUAAACAUGUCGUCGAACAGUUUCCGCGUGUUCCCUGCCUUUCUUUGCAACUUGAAAAGCUUGGUUGAUCUCGACAUCAGUUUCAACAGUAUUGAGGCUCUCCCGAAUAUUGGACUGAUCACUACCCUAGAGCGAUUAUGGGUGACGAACAACAUGCUCAGUGGGAAGCUCUGUGAUACGUUCAAGGGCUUGGUGAAUCUGAAAGAGGUCGAUGCUCGUUUUAACUCAAUAAACAACAUGGACAAUCUCACGCAACUUCCACGCUUAGAACAGCUUUUACUUGGUCAUAACGCAGUCUCGAAGUUUAAGGGAUCAUUUCCAAAAUUGCGGACUCUGGUACUUGACCAUUGCCCUGUAACGCAGUUCGACAUUGACGCCCCAGUCCCGACUCUUACAUCUCUUAACAUAGCGUCCGCGAAACUUGUCCAGUUUCGUCACACCCUGUUUGAAAAUCUGCCCAACUUGACGAAACUGGUUCUCGAUAAGAACCACUUGGUGUCCCUUUCCCCGCAUAUUGGUAAACUUCGGAAAUUGGAACACUUCAGCAUGAUCAAAAACCCGCUCGCGUCCCUCCCGGCAACAAUUGGCUGCCUCACCGAACUAAGAUAUCUCAACAUCAGAGAAUGCAAUCUAAACAAACUCCCUCCUGAGAUAUGGUAUUGUGUUAAACUGGAAACCUUGAACGUUUCCUCAAAUGUUCUCGACAGUUUCCCGAAACAUGGUUCUCCGCCCCCACAGCUCCCGAGUGAGUUGAGCACCACACCUGGGACUACACCAGGUCCUGGCACGCCAUGCAAUGAUGAUUUAGGACCGUAUGACGAGUCAAACGUACGUCGGACUAGCCAGGUCAGUUCUGGGAGCUCUCCUGUGGCUUCGUAUAGGAAGCCUUCUAUCGCUUCUACAUUGGGUAGCAGUGGAAGGAAGGUGUCGUCAGCCUCUCGGUCAGCCAUGGAAGGUGGUUCAUACUAUAGGAAAGAAUCGAACUUUUCUCAACAUGUGGCAACUACGCUUGCUGGUUCUCUCAGGAACCUGUAUCUUGCAGAUAACAGGUUGGAGGACGACAUUUUCCGCGAACUAUCACUGAUUCCAGAAUUGCGCAUUGUCAACCUUUCGUAUAACGAGAUAACCGAGCUGCCACCCGGACUUCUGAAACGCUGGCCAUUCCUCUCAGAACUCUAUCUGUCGGGCAACGAGUUGAUUGCGCUUCCAUCCGAUGAUCUCGAAGAAGGAAGCAAUCUCAAAGUUCUUCACAUUAAUCGAAAUCGAUUCCAAGUGCUGCCCGCGGAACUUUGCAAAGUUAGCAAGCUUGCUAUACUUGAUGUCGGGAGCAAUGCAUUGAAAUAUAACGUCUCCAACUGGCCGUAUGAUUGGAACUGGAACUGGAAUCGGAACUUGAAAUACCUCAACUUCUCGGGCAAUAAACGCCUGGAAAUCAAACCGAAUAUUCCUUCCCUUGGGGCAGCCGCGGUAACUCAUGGCGCUGACUUGACUGACUUUAACUCUCUGACACAUCUCCGAGUCCUUGGGCUGAUGGAUGUCACCCUCACUAUACCGACUAUUCCCGAAGAAAACGAGGACCGACGCGUGAGGACAUCUGCUACGCUAGCAGGCUCACUUGCCUACGGUAUGGCAGAUUUCCUAGGCAAGACCGAGCAUCUUUCUAUCAUUGAUAUGAUUGUGCCGCGUUUGAAACCAGACAACGUGGAGACGCUGGCGGGCAUGUUUGAUGGGCAGACUCAGUCCAGUGGUGGUUCCAAGAUUUCGAAGUUUUUGCAUGAGAACUUCACAUCAACCUUUUCCACGGAGCUCAAGAAAUUGCAGGUAGGGCAAGGAGAAACCCCACUCGAUGCAUUGAGGCGGACUUUCUUAUCGUUGAAUAAAAAUAUGGCUUCGGCUGCAUACAAAUCCAUUGAUGAUCGGGAACUCUGGCAUUACAACCGUGGUUCGGCAGCUGCAAAGCUUCUCAACCAAGAUGAUAUCCAUAAUGGUGGCGUUGCGACUGUCAUGUAUCUCAAUAAUAUGGAUUUGUAUGUCGCCAACGUGGGUAAUGCCCAGGCGUUCCUUGUCAAAUCUGACGGCUCUUCGAAACGUUUGACUCAAAACCAUGAUCCCGCGGAGACCCAUGAAAGAGCAAGGAUCCGCAAUGCGGGUGGGUUUGUGUCUCGCAAUGGAAAACUCAAUGAUGUGUUGCCAGUUUCAAGAGCAUUUGGUUAUUUUCAACUCAUGCCUGCAGUUAUUGCUGCUCCGUACACCACCCAUGUAACUCUGACAGAGCAAGAUGAGAUGAUAAUAAUCGCGUCUAAGGAAGUGUGGGACUUUGUGACACCGGAUCUUGCCGUUGAUGUUGCUCGGGCCGAACGAAGAGACGUGAUGUUUGCCGCCCAAAGGAUACGAGAUCUUGCUAUUGCCUUCGGCGCUACUAACAAACUCAUGGUGAUGAUCCUUGGCGUCUCUGAAUUAAAGAAGCGAGAACGAUUUAAAUUCAGAGGCCCUAGUCUUUCCAUGGGCCCGUCCCCCUUCACCGAAGAACAACAGAUCAUCCCAAGCACCAAGCGUGCCAAGAAGCAACGUGAUGGACCUGGCGAUUCCAGGCUUGCCCGCUUCGACUACGUUGACGCUCCGAUUGGGGAGCUGGCCAUCAUCUUCACAGAUAUCAAGAAAUCAACAGGUCUUUGGGAAACAUGCCCCGAUGCAAUGCGCUCUGCCAUCCAAAUACACAACGAUAUCCUACGGCGCCAACUUGGCAUAAUCGGGGGUUAUGAGGUCAAGACGGAAGGCGAUGCUUUCAUGGUGGCAUUUGCAACUACUACCGCCGCCUUGCUCUGGUGCUUCAAUUGUCAGACCCAGCUGCUUGAAGCCGAGUGGCCUACUGAGAUCCUUGAACAACCUCAGUGCCAAAUACAAUAUGAUAUGGACAAUAACCUGAUAUUUCGGGGAUUGUCUGUUCGAAUGGGCGUGCACUGGGGAGAGCCGGUCUGUGAAAAAGACCCGGUUACUAAUCGUAUGGAUUAUUUCGGUCCGAUGGUAAAUCGUGCAUCCCGAAUCUCCGCCGUCGCCGAUGGGGGUCAGAUCUUUGUGUCAUCUGAUUUCAUGAGUGAUAUUCAGCGCAAUUUGGAAGUAUUUGCCGAUAGUGAACGUGCAGCGAGUACUGGUUCAACCGACGGCGCACUUGACAACCUUGGACACAAUAUUCGCCGCGAACUGCAGCAGUUAAACAGCCAAGGCUUUGUGAUCAAGGACCAGGGCGAAAGAAAACUGAAGGGCCUGGAAAAUCCAGAGCCUCUCUACCUGAUUUACCCACACUCACUUGCGGGGCGGCUCUCUGUCUUGGAUGAACACGGGUCAAAUGCGGGCACUCCAACGACUAUUAGCAGGCAUUCUCAAUUGGAAAUCCCAACGGACAUUAUCUGGCGACUAUGGGAAGUCACGCUGCGCUUGGAAAGACUCUGUGGUGCCUUUGAAGCGAAGGGUAGUGAAAAAAGGCUCAAAGAGCCCAAUAUGGCACUUUUUAACAUGGUUAAGAACCAUGGAGGCGAACUCGCUGACUCGACAGUCAUUAGCAUGGUCGAGCAGCAGGUGACCCGUAUCGAGUUGGCGAUCAAUACGCUCUGGUUGCGGCAAUUGGCACGCCCGUUCAAGCAGACAGACCGGUUAGAAGAUCGUGCAAUGCCAAUUGGCGAGGUGCUAGAAGAAUUGCAAGCGCAACUUGCGGAAUACAGAACCCUGAAGCAGCUUUUCGCCACCAGUGCUGCUAGCAGCGCUGGCCAGUCUGCCAGCACUCCAGAAUUUAGGGAUGUUAGCUACGACAAUUCUAGCUCCUCUUCGUCAUCGUCCUAUUUUGGAUACUCGUCCGCCCCAUGACACUCUUCGCGUUCUAUGAAUGCCAGUAACCAUCUACUCUUCCCUUUUUCUUUUCUUCCCCCCCUUCUAACAUGUGCAAAGUGCAAAGUACAUGAUUGGACUGCAUUACUCUUGAAUAGUGUUUUAUCUAUUUGUUUUCAUUUUGGCGUUAGAUCGGAUGGGCGUGGCAUGUCUAUGGAAGGAGCUAAUGUCUUGUUGCUUCACAUUUUCAUCUGCAUAGUUGUGUUGGCCAGCGGACUCUGGAUAUCAUGGUAGCAAGACGGGAUAAUAGAUGUUUUAGGGCUUCUAAUGGAACUGCGAUGAAAUAAGUGACUGUUUCUGUCAAUUCUACAGUGUAGAUGACCGUUUUGAUUUGAUUUGAUUUGAUUUGAUUUGAUUUGAUUUGAUUACUAUUUAACGUCACUCGGCGGAUCACGUGGCACACGUGACCCGCGGCCUCCCAAGGGGCAUCCGGACGUGCUACCUAAGCAAAGACUCACUAAAAUAAAUACAUGCUUGAAGCAACAAAGCUGGACACUAUGUGUUGGAAAAGAGUGGAAGAAGCACCAGGCGCUACCCUGGCCUGGACUUCUAAAGGUGAGGAACCUGCUUUGGCUACCUUCAGUCGAGCAGGGGUGCCUUUCCCGUUCGUCCAGGUAGAAGCGUAGACUGUUGCACUAUUCAGUGCUUGAGCAGGCCCAAUUUGGGCAUAUAUCCUUGAAAAAGGAUGAAUCUUGCACGAUGUGGCUGAACUCUUCCGCCCCAGCAGCUGUACCUAGUAGCCAGUCAAUUGUAC